CAACCCAUGUCGUGUUUUUGAUUGUAGAAUUUUGGCGUUUUAAAUAAUUUCCUUGAAUAUAUAGUUAUUUUUUAUACACAAACAUUUAACUAAGGGGUGAAAUGUUCUUUUUUUAUAAUCACGUGAAUAUACAAUAAUUAUGCGCUUUGAUAAAGUUGUUUUGUUUUACUAUUUAAGCAUUGUGUUUUAACAUUUCGGUAUAAUGUCCAACUUAUCCACUUUAAGCACUAAAAAUCACAAUAAAAAAAGUAGCAGUCGUGAUCGCGAUAGAAACAAAUCCGUUGCUUCCGAGUCUGGUGGUUCUAGCCAGUGUGAUACUCCACCACUAAUAGAAAAGGAUGGAGGUUCAUCACAAGGCAAGUUUGCUGGAGUGGGUGCAGACUCGAUACAAUGUAUGGCGGAACAAAUUGGUGCAGAAAUUAAUGCUGAAGCAGCAACAAACCUCGCUGAGGAUAUUAGUUAUAAGCUCCGGCAGACAAUUAGUACAAUUGCAUUACACAGUGAGAUGAUGAAGAAAACAUGUGUUGAUAGCUGGGACAUUAAUACAGUACUAACUCUCUCAGAUACUAGUCCGGUAGUGGGUGCAAAUGUGCCACAAUAUAUCUCAGUGGGGGAAGAAAAGCUUUGCUGUGAACUGGAAACUCAUAUAAAUAUACCAGAAUACUCAAUGACCACACAAACCUAUGUGUUCUCUACUUUACCAACUGUGUCUGUGGAAUGGAUAACAGAUGAUAAAAGUUUAAAUAAUAGCAAUAAUAUUAGUGUUAAUCUACAAAAUUAUUAUACAAAAAUUGCAAGAGCAAUAUUAAAUUUAAGGAAGAAACCCAAACAGCUGGCAGUAGAAGAUCUCACAACGAAUACUCGUAUCGGUCCCAUAUUCCCAAAUCUGUUUAAUCUCGCCGUGCUAGUUCUCAACGAUGAUAAUUUGAAUGCUCUGAACGUACCGGCGAAGAAACCUUUGCAGUCGAACGUAUUGGACAUGGUCGACGCGCUCUGUUCGAAUCCUUGCAGCUUGGACACAAAUAUACAGCAACAGUUUCAAAGACUAUUUCCGGUUAUGGUGUCAAAUAUAUUAGGUAAUGGAACGUUAGCAGAGAAGAUGGUAGCGAUACUAACUAAAAUAACUCGGACAUGGCCCUCGUUUAUUGCAAUAGGAAAAGGCAUAUUAUUCGAUUACCUAUCGCAAGGCACGAAGGAGCGUCUGACGGCACCGAUGAUACGAUGUUUGAUGGCAUUGGGGAGGCAGGCCCUUGUAGAGUGUUUGGGUGAACAUCUUGAGCACAUAGACGACCGUGUGCACGCACAGAGGCACAAGCACACACAGAGAGAUCUCCGGGAGACCAUACUCGAUGUCUCAACUUGUCUCCUUAGAUCUGAACCAACAAAUUUUUUAGAAGAUUAUGUAAUGACUGACUAUACUUUAUAUGAAAUGUUAGGAGAUUCAAUUUUACCGAGGAGAACAUUAUUUCCUAUAAAAGAAAUGGAAUCGAAAGAGGACACCAACGAACGAACUUCGGAUGAGGAAUUCUCGUAUCUACCUCUUCGGCCAGCGAUAAGACGGCCCAAGGUCAGGCUGAUACUGCAGCGUAAAAACGGAACUGUUCACAGGGAAGCCCCGUUCGAACCAACGAAAUUCAGUGGGAAAAUAAACACUAUACACAUAAGAAUAAAGGGCUGCCGAUCCGUCGACGUUUCGAACAAGAGAAGGAACACGAUUCAAGCUGGCAGUGUGCUGGCCAGCAGAACCAGUGGGGUGGUCGUGGCCAGUGGACUCUUGAAUAGAUUUAGGUAUAGAUUAAGCAAACCUGCCGCAUUUCCAAUAUUUGGAGCUUUAACAUUUUAAACUAUUUUUAAAGAAAUAUAAUUUAUUAUUUUA